CUCUCCUGCUCUGUUUCUUGCCAGAGUAGAAGUUUCACAGAAAUGGAAAGUUCUAAAUUUCAAAGUAGUUCUUGGGUGAUUCAUCCAUGACGAGUUUUUUUUUUCCGUCAAUUUCUUCAAGCGUCUCUGGGAAAUUCUCCUGCUGGUCUCUUCCUUAACCGCAAACAUCUAUUUUGUUCAGAUUAAAAGUCAAGACCCGAUUAUGUUCUGAGAAAAAUCCGAAUAACGUUAUUUUGGAUCUUUGUCAAACCUGAAGAUCAUGGCGGCGCUGGCUCCUGGAAUUCUAUUGAAGCUUCUCAAUGGGAUGAACACGGGGCUUAAACCUACGGGUGAGCACAGGAGCUCAAUCCUGCAAGUGACAGAUAUCGUACCAGCAGAUCUCGAUGAGAAGAGUCUCUGGCCUAAACAGGGUUUUUACAUAAAGGUCUCCGAUUCUUCACAUUCAAUUUAUGUCAGCCUCCCUUUUGACCAAGAUGAUCUUGUUCUCAGCAACAAAAUGCAGCUCGGUCAGUUCAUCUAUGUGGAUAGGUUGGAGCCAGGUUCGCCUGUUCCAAUCAUCAAAGGCACAAAGCCUAUUCCUGGUCGACACCCUUUUGUGGGCACUCCUGAGCCGAUAACGAGUCUCAGAGAAAAUGGAGACAAAUUUGAACAGCGAUCCCUUAAUUCCAAACUCUCUGCACACAGAAGAGGUUCUUGGGAUUGUUCAGCUGAGGUCGCUUCAUCAUCUCCUGUUAUGAAAACAAUCCCUCUAAACUUUGAACAGACUACCCCAAAAAAAGAGAGGCCAAGUCCAAUGAGAACCGGGGGAAAUUUUCCGAAUUCUCCCCUGAUCAGAGGGAGAAUGGUCAAGGAUGGAAACCCAGGCAUGGUUAUCAGAUCUUCAGUGGGUGGGCUUUGGUCUAACAUGUCGGAUUCAAGAGGAGAAAGCCCUGAAUGUAUCAGAAAGAGCUGUGUCAUCGCCCCUUCUUCUGCGUCAAAAGUUACAAGAGGAGAAAGCCCGGACUCCAUCAGAAAGAGCUGUGUCGUCGCCCCUUCUUCUGCCUCGAAAGUAACAAGGAGCAAGAGUGUGUGCGAACGAGAGCCAAGGAUCCCAAAAAGUCCCUUCAACAACACUGAAAAGAAGAGUUCAACUCCCCCUCCCAGAUUAAGAAAUAUGAGAGUAGGGACAUCUUUCAAUCAGGCUGGGGAAGAACAGAACAAAUCAAAUUCCAAUGGGACUUUUCAACAGCAAUCUCAGUCUGGUAACCCUAACUCCAAGAAUGGUGACAGUCUGCCCAUGCGUUUACCUGCAAAACUUAGUGUUCUUGGAAAGGAAGCUAUUCAGCAGAGAGAAACAGCUCAGAAAAUUGCUCUUCAAGCACUAAGAGAUGCCACUGCAACCGAAAGUGUAGUACGAGCUCUCAGGAUGUUUUCAGAUUUAGCAAAAAAGGCAAAACCAGAUGCUCCAGCUGACUGUUUUAAUCAGUUUCUGGAGUUCCAUCAACAAAUCAUGCAAGCAGUGAGAGACAUGGAGUCAAUUCAAGCUGCUACAUGUAAUGAAAUGGUUGAAACACCAACUGCCAAGCAGACAACGAAACAAGCUGAAGAAGAUUCCAACAUCUUUCAUGAAAAUAACUCAAUAGACCAAAACAAGCAAUCAGAUUUGAAUUCAUCAAAGAGAAGAUCAGCAUUAUACAAAUCAGUAGCAGCGUUGCCUGAAAGAAGCGAUGUCAAGGCAACCCCUGUGAAGCAUCUGAGAUCAAUCUUGAACCAGAAAACUUCAUUGGAAAGGAUUGGUGGAUCCACCCCAACUGGAAAAUUGCCCUCUAAAGCUACCUUGGAGAAUGAUGAGAAUAAGGAACCACUAGCUCCUUGCAGCUUCAACAAUACAAUUAAAUUGGGCAAACAGAUCGAAACAGAAGCUGGAAAUUGGUUUAUGGACUUCUUAGAGAAAGCACUGGAUAUAGGUCUGAAGAAAUCGAGAGGAACAGCAGAUAGUGAUGUGCGGAAAGUAUCACAAUCUCUUAUAAUCAAGGUUAUCAACUGGGUGGAAGUUGAACAGUGCGAUAGUAGUAAGAGGCCAGUUCAUGGUAAAGCAGCACAAAUAGCUAGGAAGUUGAGAAUCAAGAUGAAGAAUCCUUGAAUUUUAACUAAGCAGUGUGUGUCCAGUCCUUGCUUGAUCAGAGCUUGAUCAGAUGUAAUGAUUGUAUUCUAAUUAAUAUGAGGCAAUGCCUAAUGAGUCUCUGUAUCCCUUAGUGUUUUGUGAACUCUGAUUAUAUGCCGUUGAAGAUUGCCAACCAA